AUGAACGCCAUCCGCGCCGACGAAGAGCUGGAUAACUUGCAUUCGAUCUACGUGGAUCAGUGGGAUUGGGAACGCACCGUGACGGCCGAACAGCGCAACCUCGAUUUCCUGAAAGAGAUCGUUACUAAAAUUUACGGUGUAGUUCGCCGCAUGGAACGCGAAGUGUAUGAGAUCUAUCCGCACAUCACGCCGAUCCUUCCGGAGACCAUCCGGUUCAUCCAAAGCGAAGACCUGUUGAAAAUGUAUCCGUCGCUGUCUCCUCGGGAACGCGAGACGGAAGCGGCCCGCAAAUACGGGGCGAUCUUCGUGAUCGGCAUCGGCGGCAAACUGUCCGACGGCAAAAAACACGACGGCCGGGCUCCGGAUUACGACGACUGGACAACCCCGUCCGACGGAGGGUAUAAAGGGUUGAACGGCGACAUUAUCCUGUGGAACCCGGUGCUCGAAUCCGCUUUCGAAGUUUCAAGCAUGGGUAUCCGGGUCGACAAAACGGCUUUAUUGCCCAUGUCAGAACUUAGAUUUAAAGUAGUGGAAGAGGCGAUCAAACGCAAGGCCGUUUGUAUGCCCGCGCCGGCGGAACGGGCUUCCGAAUAUUUCGGAAUACAGCGUCGCAUCGGCCGCUUACGGGCGGUACGGCCGAAAAAACACGACGCUUUUGUCGAGUACGACGGCAAGGGCGGGGUGAUCGAGGAGUUUUCCGGGAAGCUGCUGAUUCAGCAGGAGCCCGAUGCAUCGAGCUUUCCGAGCGGCGGUAUCCGCAAUACGUUCGAAGCGCGCGGUUAUUCGGCUUGGGAUGCGACUUCGCCGGCUUUCAUCGUCGAUACGACGCUCUGUAUCCCGACGAUUUUUAUCGCCUAUACCGGGGAAGCGCUCGACUACAAGGUACCCUUGCUUCGGUCGCUGCAGGCCGUCGAUAGAGCCGCUACGGAGGAGUACUUUCUCGUCGACGAGGGCCUUUAUGCGGCUCGUCCGGACAUGGUGCUGACCGGUCGUACGCUGAUGGGGCACGAGAGCGCCAAAAACCAGCAGUUGGAAGACCAUUAUUUCGGAGCCAUUCCGACCCGGGUGAUGGCGUUUAUGAAAGAUCUCGAAUACGAGUGCUGGAAACUCGGCAUUCCGGCCAAAACGCGUCACAACGAGGUGGCUCCGAACCAGUUCGAGCUUGCCCCGAUUUUCGAAGAGACCAACCUGGCCAACGACCAUAACCUGCUGCUGAUCCGUUUAAAAGGAAUCAACGGUUCGGGCAAACACAACAACUGGUCGCUCGGAACCGAUACCGGCGUCAACCUGCUCUCCCCGGGCAAAACGCCGCAGGAUAACCUGCAGUUCAUCACGUUUCUGGUCAAUGUGAUGAUGGCCGUUUACAAGCGGAACGGAUUACUGAAGGCCAGUAUCGCGAGCGCGACGAAUGCCCACCGGCUGGGUGCGAACGAAGCGCCCCCGGCGAUCAUUUCGGUGUUCCUCGGCCGCCAGAUUUCGGCGGUGCUUGACAAACUGGCCUCCAGUUCGUGCGACGAUACGAUCGAAUUCGACGACAAGUGCGGUUUCCGGAUGGGAGGAAUCGAUCAUAUUCCGGAAUUGCUGAUCGACAAUACCGACCGCAACCGGACGUCUCCGUUCGCCUUUACGGGCAACCGUUUCGAGUUCCGCGCCGUAGGCUCUUCGGAUAACUGCGGCGGCGCGAUGACCGUAUUGAAUACCGCCGUAGCCGAUCAGUUGGCCGAAUUCAAGGAGGCCGUCGACACCCGUGUCGGCAAAGGCGAACCCAAAGAGCAGGCGAUUCUGUCCGUGCUGAAGGCUUACGUCAGGGAGUCCGCCGCGGUUCAUUUCGACGGCAACGGUUAUACCGACGAGUGGAAAGAGGAAGCUCUGAGGCGCGGUCUGGACUGCGCGGUUUCCGUUCCGGAGAUCAUCGACCAGUUCGUUGCGCCGACCCAUGCCGAGAUGUUCGUUCGGAUGGGGGUGCUUUCGUCGAAAGAGUUGCAUGCGCGUGCCGAGGUGAAGUGGGAGACCUAUACGAAAAGAUCCAGAUCGAAGCCCGCGUGGAAUGCUGCUGGACAAGGCUUUAAAAUGAAAGAGUUGUUCGGCGCCGAUAAAUUCGGAAGCGUGGCUGGCCAGGACAUGGCGCUGAUCGAGAAGAUCUCCGUUCACAUGGAGAAGAUCCAGACGUUGACCGAAAAGAUGAUCGAAGCUCGCAAAGUGGCCAACAAAAUCGCCAGCGAACGGAAAAAGGCGAUUGCCUAUCACGAUACGGUGGCUGUGGCAUUCGAUGAGAUCCGUUACCACGCCGACAAACUCGAAGAGGUGGUCGACAACGAAAUGUGGCCGCUGCCGAAAUACAGGGAGUUGCUAUUCACAAAAGGCAUGAAACAGAAUCGAAAAAUAAACGUUGCGCCCCGCCGACAGGGGUUAUACGAUCCCGAUAACGAACGCGACGCGUGCGGCGUCGGACUGGUUGUCAAUAUCAAGGGGAAUAAGACCCACGACAUUGUCGAAAACGGUCUCCAGGUACUCGAACACAUGAUGCACCGCGGAGCCGAAGGGGCCGAUAACAAAACCGGCGACGGAGCCGGCAUCCUGGUGCAGAUUCCCCAUGAAUUUAUUCUCUUGCAGGGCAUUCCGGUUCCCGAAAAGGGGCAUUACGGAACCGGACUCGUUUUCUUACCGCGCGACAAAGCCGGUCAGACGGCGGCUCUGGGGAUCGUCAAACGAAACGUACAGGCCGAGGGACUUAACCUGAUGCACGUGCGCGACGUUCCGGUGAACGACGACGUGCUGGGCCGGGCGGCCCGCGACACGGAACCUGUGAUUAAACAGGUCUUCGUAACGGGCGAUCCGGGCGCGUCGACCCUGGAGCGCAAGCUCUAUAUCGUCCGCAAAAAGAUCGAGAAAGAGUGGCUCGAAAGCGACCUGGAACAGAAGGAGGCGUGCUAUGUGGUCAGCCUGUCUACCCCGGCCUGGCUUUGGUGCAUUCGCGUUUUCGACCAAUACGUUUCCGACCUGGAGUCUCGCGCAGCCGUUUCGCCUGUUGGGGCACAACGGCGAGAUCAAUACGAUCCGCGAGCUGGGGCCCGUCGUGCAGCGGGGAAUGAGCGACAGCGCUUCGUGGACAACGUACUGGAAUUUUUCGUUCAGAGCGGCAUGACGUUACCCCAUGCGCUGGCGAUGUUGAUUCCGGAAAGCUAUAACGAUAAAAAUCCGAUAUCCGCCGAACUGAAGGCUUUUUACGAAUACCACAGUAUUUUCAUGGAGCCUUGGGACGGCCCGGCGACGUUGCUUUUUUCGGACGGCCGUUAUGCCGGCGGUAUGCUUGACCGUAACGGCCUGCGCCCGGCCCGUUACUUUAUUACCAAGAACGACAUGAUGGUGGUCGCUUCGGAGACCGGGACGUUUGCCGUCGAAGCUUCGGAGAUCCGCGAAAAGGGUCGUUUGCGUCCCGGUAAAAUCCUGAUGAUCGACACCGAGAAGGGCGAAAUCCGUUACGAUCCGGAAAUCAAGGAACAGCUCGCCGCCGAACAUCCGUACAAAGAGUGGCUCGGACGGAACCGGGUCGUGCUGAACCAGAUUACUUCGGGCCGGCAGGUGAACAUUCGGUCGAACACUUAUCAAGCCGAUGGGCGAAACGGUUUCGAACCGCUCGGUUCGAUGGGCAACGACACGCCACUGGCCAUUCUGUCGGCCAAACCGCAGCGGUUGUUCAACUAUUUCCGGCAGCAGUUCGCGCAGGUGACCAAUCCGCCGAUCGAUCCGAUCCGCGAAGAACUGGUCAUGUCGAUCGCCAGUUACAUCGGCGCGGUCGGCGGAAAUAUCUUGCACCCGUCGGCCGAACACUGCAAAGUGGUCAAACUGCCGAGUCCGAUCCUGACCAAUGCCGAACUGGAUAUUUUGAAUAAUCUGCGUUACAAAGGAUUUCGGACGCUGACCUUGCCGAUGCUGUUCGGCCCGGCAGACGGCGGACAGGGGCUUGCGGACGCGGUUGACCGACUUUGCGGAAUGGCGGAAAAAGCGGUCGACGACGGUUACAAUUAUGUGAUUCUGAGCGAUCGGGGCGUCGACGUCGAACAUGCUCCGAUCCCGUCGCUGCUGGCUCUGUCGGCCGUGCACCACUACCUGAACGACCGGCGCAAGCGGGCUCAGAUCGCGCUGAUCGUCGAAACCGCCGAGGCGCGCGAAGUGAUGCAUAUGGCGUUGCUGAUCGGAUUCGGGGCCAGCGCCUUGGACUACGAAACGGCCGAAAAACAUUACGUCAAAGCGUUAAAUAAAGGAUUACUGAAAAUUAUCUCCAAGAUGGGGAUUUCGACGAUCCGCAGUUACCGCGGCGCGGAGAUCUUCGAAGCGGUGGGACUGUCGGACGGAUUGCUGAAACGGUAUUUCCGGGGGAUGACCUCGAAGAUCGGCGGGGCCGACUUGGAAGACCUCGCCGUCGAUACGCUGACCGCUCAUGCGCACGGUUUCGGGGAGCUGUACGACGAGGAUGCGCCGCUGGAGAAUUUCGGCAAUUACGCCUAUCACGAUCUCUACGCUGCAACUGGCCACGCGGCUGGGCAGUUACAAGAAUUCAAGGAGUAUACGCGACUUGUCAACGAAAAACCGUCGCCGAUGUUUCUGCGCGAUUUGAUGGAAUUGAAACGCAAUCCGAUCGACCUGUCGCUCGUGGAGCCGGCGACGGAGAUCAUGAAGCGUUUCGUAACCGGUGCGAUGUCGUUCGGUUCGCUCAGCCGCGAGGCGCACGAGGCGAUCGCGAUCGCGAUGAAUAAGAUCGGAGGCAAAAGCAAUACCGGCGAAGGCGGCGAGGACGCGCGGCGUUACCGUCCCAAUACGGACGGUACGAUCGCCCGCAGCGCGAUCAAACAGGUGGCUUCGGGACGUUUCGGCGUCCAUGCCGAAUACCUGGUCAAUGCCGACGAGAUCCAGAUCAAGGUCGCCCAGGGGGCCAAGCCCGGCGAGGGCGGACAACUCCCCGGUUACAAAGUCGACGAGAUGAUCGCCCGGACGCGGCAUUCGAUCCCCGGCAUUUCGCUGAUCUCGCCGCCUCCGCACCACGAUAUUUAUUCGAUCGAGGACCUGGCGCAAUUGAUUUUCGACCUGAAGAAUGUCAAUCCGCGCGCGCGGAUCAGCGUGAAAUUGGUUUCCGAAAGCGGAAUCGGCACCAUUGCGGCCGGAGUCGCUAAAGCGAAAGCCGAUAUGAUCCUGGUCAGCGGCGGCGAAGGCGGUACCGGAGCCAGUCCGGUCAGCUCGGUGAAACAUGCCGGCCUGCCGACCGAAAUCGGCUUGGCCGACGUACAGCAAACCCUCGUGCUGAACGGUCUGCGCGGUAAAGUCACGCUGCAGACCGACGGCCAGUUGAAAACCGGCCGCGACGUGGUGAUCGCCGCGCUGCUCGGGGCCGAGGAGUUCGGAUUCGCUACGAGCGCGUUGAUCGUACUGGGGUGCGUGAUGAUGCGCAAGUGCCAUAUGAACACUUGUCCGGUCGGCGUGGCUACGCAGGACGAACGGCUGCGGGAACAUUUCCGCGGGCAUGUCCGCGAAACGUUGGCCGAACUCGGAUACGCGCGGUUGGACGACAUUAUCGGUCGCACCGACCUGAUCGAGCCGAAAAAGUUCGAACCGGGAACCAAAAUUUCGAAAGUGGAUUUGUCGAGGAUCCUGUACCGUCCGGCCGAAGCCGGAACGAACGACGUCCGUCGGACGACCGUGCAGGAUCAUAAGAUCGAAAAGGUCAAGGACCGUUCGAUCAUCGGGAUGGCGUCUCCGGCCAUCGAUUCGAAAAUGCCGGUGCACCUGAGUUUCCCGAUUUACAAUACGGACCGUUCGGUCGGAGCGAUGCUUUCGGGACAGAUCACUUCGAAAUACGGCAGCGAAGCGUUGCCCGAGAAUACGGUCAGCGUGACUUUCCGCGGUUCUGCCGGGCAGAGUUUCGGAGCGUUCCUGUGCCGGGGCGUGACGUUUCGCUUGGAGGGAGACGCCAACGACUACCUCGGCAAAGGGCUUUCCGGCGGAAAAAUCGUUUUGGUGCCGCCGAAAAACUCGACUUUCCUGCCCCACGAGAACAUCAUUGCCGGCAAUACGCUGCUCUACGGCGCGACGGCGGGCGAAGUGUAUAUCAACGGGCAGGUCGGCGAGCGUUUCUGCGUCCGUAACAGCGGCGCGACGGCCGUUGUCGAAGGGGUGGGAGAUCACUGUUGCGAAUACAUGACCGGCGGCCGCGCCGUAGUGCUCGGUACGACCGGACGAAACUUUGCGGCGGGCAUGAGCGGCGGAAUCGCUUACGUGUGGAACCGUCUCGGCAAUUUCGACUUCUUCUGCAACAUGGAGAUGGUCGAAUUGUCGUUGAUCGAAGAGACGGCCGACAGCAAGGAAUUGCAUGCGCUGAUCAGUUCGCACUAUUACCAUACGGGCAGCCCGCUCGCCAAAACGAUGAUCGACGACUGGAGCGAAUACGUCGGCCAGUUUAUCAAGGUGAUGCCGAUCGAAUACAAAAAAGUGCUCCAUGCGCAGCGCAUGGCCGCGCUCGACCGCAAGAUCGCCGAGAUGGAAAAAGAUUAUUAA